AUGGAUCGCAAAGAUAAUCAAACUCCACAAGGGGAAAGUGCUCAGAUUCUCGUGGAAUUCCUGGAGGUGGCCAUCACCUCUAUUGUUUUUCUCAAAGGAGUUUAUCCAAACGGAGCAUUUGAGAGGCGGAGAUACAUGAACUUGGUGGUUCAUAAGGCUAGACACCCUGAGCUUAAUGAAUACAUUCGCUCUGCUGUUAAUGGACUCCUCCCUUUCAUCCAAAAAGGUUUGGUGGAGAGAGUUGCUGUUAUUUUCUUUAAAGACGAUAAGGUGCCAAUUGAGAGAUUUGUCUUCAAGCUUAACGUGAAUCAAUCACAUGGUUCAAAAGUUGAACAAGCUGACCUGGAGUUCUCUCUUAGAUCCUUCUUGAUCAAAUUGCCUGUGUCAGAACCUAUGACGAAGGUUCUUCCCCGCAAUUGCAGAUGGGAGAUAACAGCAUAUUUUCGCUCUCUGCCUCAGACUAGUACCAUCAAAGAUGCAGAAAUGUGGAUCCCAACAGACACAAGGCAGUGGCAGCAACUUCCUGUAAUAACUCCUAUUAAGUCCAUGAACAGUGAACCUCUUGGUUUGCAGUUGUAUCUGGAACACCCGAGUCUUUCUGAGCCAAAGCCCUAG